GACAAUAUUUGUAACUUGAAAAAAUAGGGGCUUACAAGUAUGUGUCGGAGCUAUGGAGGAAGAAGCAGUCCGAUGUUAUGAGGUUUCUUCAGAGGGUAAGAUGCUGGGAAUAUCGCCAACAUCCUUCAAUUGUCCGCGUCAAUCAUCCCACUCGCCCUGAUAAAGCUCGGCGUCUUGGUUACAAGGCCAAGCAGGGUUAUGUCGUUUAUAGGGUUCGUGUGAGACGUGGUGGUAGGAAGAGGCCAGUUCCCAAGGGUAUUGUGUACGGAAAACCAACUAACCAGGGUGUUACCCAAUUGAAGUUCCAGCGCAGCAAGCGGUCAGUUGCUGAAGAACGAGCAGGGCGAAAGUUGGGUGGUUUGAGGGUUCUCAACUCGUACUGGAUCAAUGAGGAUUCUACGUACAAAUACUAUGAAGUGAUUUUGGUUGAUGUUGCCCAUAAUGCCGUUCGCAAUGACCCGAGAAUCAACUGGAUCUGCAACCCUGUCCACAAGCGCAGGGAGCUCAGAGGACUUACAUCCGCAGGCAAGAAGUACAGGGGUCUUCGUGGAAAAGGACACUUGCACCACAAGGCCAGGCCUUCUCGCAGAGCAACCUGGAAGAGGAACAAUACUCUAUCCCUCCGUCGUUAUCGUUGAUUUUGGUAUUUUUUUUCUCUGUUUUGUUAUUUUUAUUUCGAGCAUUCUGUUUGGGGAAUGUUGUGGCUUAAAGUUACUUCGAUCUAGAAAUUUUUGAACUAUAUAAUUUGUGUUGAGGAUUGUGAGGAUCUUUCUAAACUAAGUGAUCAUUUUUGUUCUUAUUAUUGCA